UACAGAGCAGGUUCUUGUUGGUAGUCACUGCUGUAGUGUCUGGAGCCUCUUCUUCUCUCUGGUAUCAGCCAUUUUUUUUCCAGAAUCCCCCUUUAUCCCCGGUGCUGGGGGUUCUGAGAAGCGGGGUCUCUCCAGGAGCAGUAAGUGCGGUUCUGGAUCUCACUAAUGCUCUUGUCCCUGGAGGAUUUCCAGCCUCUCCUCUCCUCAUAAAGACACCUGCAGUACUAGAAGCCUCCAGCUCCUCCAGUUCUCUCCUCUUCUCCUGAAUGACCACGAAGGAUGGACAGGAAGGAGAUCAGCAGAAGAAUAUUAGACUUCACCUUGGAGAUCAUCUCCCUGCUGAGCGGAGAGGAUUACACCAUAGUGAAGAAGACAUCGGGGCUGACUCUCAUCCUCCAUGAGUCAGGAGGGUGGAGCAGGACCCCCAUCGCAGAGCCUUCCCCCCUAAUAGUUGAGCAGAAGAUCCUAGAACUCACUCACAAGAUGAUUGAGCUGCUGACUGGAGAGGUUCCUGUAAGGUUUCAGGAUGUGGCGGUCUAUUUCUCCACGGAUGAGUGGGAGUAUUUAGAAGGACACCAGGAUCUGUACAAGGAAGCCAGGAUGGAGGCUCCCCGGCCUCUGACAUCACCAGAAAAUCCCAGUAAGAUCUCUGAGGGCAACUUCAUGUUAUCGCUAAAUCAUAUAGUAGAAGAUGAAGAUAUCGGGCAGCGCUCUUCAGGAGGAAACCUCAUUACCUGUAAUGUCCAUCCAGGACUUCACAGUACAGAUCUAUCAUAUAAUCCUCCAAAUCAUGAUGAACUUUCUCCUGACCAUUCACAAAUUGUUACCACAAGUAAUGAUAAAAAAUUUGGUAAAAGAGAGAAGUCGUAUUCAUUUUCAGAAUGUGGGAAAGGUUUUAAUACUAAAGAGAGCCUCAACGUUCAUCAGAGAAGUCACACAGGAGAGAAGCCGUAUUCAUGUUCAGAAUGUGAGAAAUGUUUUAAACAAAAGUCAUAUCUCAUUACACAUGAAACAAGUCACAUAGGAGAGAAACCAUAUUCCUGCUCAGCAUGUGAGAAAUGUUUUAUUACUAAUAACAUGCUCAAGGUUCAUCAGAGAAGUCACACAGGAAGGAAAUCAUAUUCAUGUUCAGAGUGUGGGAAAUGUUUUACAAGAAAGUCAGAUCUCUUUUUGCAUGACAGAAUUCACACAAAAACAAAGCCAUUUUCAUGUUCAGAAUGUGGGAAAUAUUUCAUUACAAAACGCAACCUCAAGCUUCACCACAGAAUUCACACAGGAAAUAUGCCAUAUUCCUGUUCAACAUGUGGGAAAGGUUUUAUAUUUAAAUCAAAACUUGUUGCACAUGAGAGAAGUCACUCAGGAGAGAAGCCGUAUUCAUGUUUAGAAUGUGAGAAAAGUUUUAAACAAAAGUCAGAUCUUGUUAUACAUGAAAGAGGUCACACAGGAGAGAAACCAUAUUCAUGUUCAGAAUGUGGUAAACGUUUUAUAAAAAAGUCAGAUCUUGUUAUCCAUGAAAGAAUUCACACAGGAGAGAAGCCGUAUUGCUGUUCAGAAUGUGGGAAAUGUUUUAUAUGUAACUCAAAACUUGUUCUACAUGAGAGAAGUCAUACAGGAGAGAAGCCGUAUUCAUGUUCAGAAUGUGGGAAAUGUUUUUUAUAUAAAUCAAAACUUGUUCUACAUGAGAGAAUUCACACAGGAGAGAAGCCGUAUUCAUGUUCAGAAUGUGGUAAAUGUUUUAGAAAAAAGUCAGAUCUCAUUAUACAUGACAGAAUUCACACAGGAGAGAACCCGUAUUCCUGUUCAGAAUGUGGUAAAUGUUUUUUAUAUAAAUCAAAACUUGUAGUACAUGAGAGAAUUCACACAGGAGAGAAGCCAUAUUCAUGUUCAGAAUGUGGGAAAAGCUUUACACAAAAGUCAGAUCUCAUUAUACAUGAAAGAAUUCACACAGGAGAGAAACCAUAUUCAUGUUCAAAAUGUGGGAAAUGUUUUAUUACUAAAGACAAGCUCAAGCUUCAUCAGAGAAGUCACACAGGAGAGAAACCAUAUUCAUGUUCAGAGUGUAGUAAAUGCUUUACAAAAAAGUCAGAUCUGGUUGUACAUGACAGAAUUCACACAGGAGAGAAGCCGUUUUCCUGUUCAGAAUGUGGGAAAUGUUUUAGAGAUAAAUCACGUCUUCAUAAACAUGAGAAAAUUCACACAGGAGAGAAGCCAUAUUCCUGUUCAGAAUGUGGGAAAGGUUUUAUAGAUAAAUCAGGUCUUCAUAAACAUGAGGGAAUUCACAGAGCAGAGAAGCCGUAUUCCUGUUCAGAAUGUGGGAAAGGUUUUAGAGAUAAAUCACGUCUUCAUAAACAUGAGGGAAUUCAUAGAGGAGAGAAGCCGUAUUCCUGUUCAUAAUGUGGGAAAGGUUUUUUUUUAAAAAUC